UCAGUAGAGUUUCUGUGUGCGUACGAGUCGCAGCCGACGACGAUUUGGGCGAAAGAUCACAGCAGCGUGCGUGUGCGUUGCGCUUCUAAAUUAUUCCGCGAUACUGUGACCUUACGGCCGGGGCCACUCCGUACGCUUUGGCCUUUCCCGUGGCAGACGAAGAUUGCCCAAUACGCAGACACACACACACCGUCCAACAGGUUGCAUCUGCUGCUGACGUCUUUCGUGUGUUGCAUUUGCAUGCAAAGGGCCUGACCUUUACGCUGUAGACAAAAGGGUGGUGGUUCGUUCUUGUUCUUGAUCUUCUAUUCUCAGCCGUUGAUGAAGCGUGAUAAGUGACGCGAGUGUCGGCACGUUUUUCACUGCUAGUUUAUUUGCGUUUCUUAUGGCCGCAAGUGUCGUUUAUUUAUGUACAAGAAACGUGUUGAAUCGGUGCGCUGUGGUGCAUAUAAUUGUGAGCUUACCCGUGCUGUUCAAAACGAAUCGUUGAAGUGAUUAGUGAUCGUGUGAAUUGUAAAAAAAUAUAUUUAACAACAAAAUAGUUUGCCAACAAUUCAAAAUCUGAGUCUCAGUGUAGUGUUUGAGUUCUCUUCUGCUCGCUGUAAAAUUCACCGCAACAAUCCACCGGGCAGAAUUCUGCAAAAGCAUCUAAUCAACCUGUGUAUAAAAAAGGAGGAAAAAACACACACGCACAACAUGAAUCUGAUGUUCCGGAAAAACAUGCGCGAGGGCGGAGGUCGCGCUGGGGGCGGUGGAUCGAAGAGUAAGAUGACCGGCCGGCAUCAGCGCAAGACGCGCGACAGCUACGGUGGGGCCGGCUCGGACGAGUACCACUACCGAACGCACAUCUUCUUCUCGCCGGCACACGUCAAGCAGGACAAUGAAGAGCUUCGCUGCACGCCCAUUUCGGGCUUUACCUUACCCCCACAAACGCCACCCACCACCACGUACUCUGACAUGGAUGCACCAAUGCAACCGCUAGUAGUCCGUAGACCCUCCGCGUCUAUGAUGAAAUGGGGCCCAAUUGCCGCUAACCGACGGGUGCCCGAGGCGGUGCCCACUGCCAGGCAAGUAAGCUUCGGCGGGCAGCCGGGCAGCGGUGGGUUCGUCAGCUCCCGCAGUGAACCGAUCUCGCUGGCAACGCUGGAUAAGGACUGCUUCAUCAUUCCGGUCCACAGCCUGGACCGCUUCCUGCCGGCAGGAAUUCCGCAACUACCGACGCCGGAAACGGCCGACCCGUCCCAGGUCGGGCCGCUCAGCGUGCUCGAGGUGUCCGAUCCAAAGAUCUGCAUCCUAGCCCACCUAAUGAGCCCGCUGGAACCGAUCGAUCCACUGCUGGAGUCGCCCCUAGCCCACCCGCUCAUGAAGCAGCGUGCCGUCGCGUCCGAGCUGCUGAACGAGGUCCAGCAGGGCAACAAUGCCGUCGGCGGAAUGCUGCUCGCCAACAUGGAGCGAAGUUCCGCCGAAUUUCCCUUCAUCGCUUACUAUGUGAUAAACACCACCCAAACCGAUCCCGCCAUGUUCUACACGGGUGUGCGCGGCGCUUCGCUGUCCAAGUUUGAGCCGAAAAACACGCGCUACACCGCAGCCCACACGCUCGACCUGUACAGUGAGGUGGCGUCCAUCUGCCGGCCACCGCUAGCGCUCGCCCCGAACGAGAUCGGCAGCGUGAAGAAGGGCCAAACGCCCUCCACCGGGUAUAUCAUUAGUGUCUACAAGGUGUACGAAGGUGAUGAUGGAGAACGCUUCGAGCGUAACUGGCUGUACUGGACCGGUGCCAGGAUGAUUUACAGGUACCUUCCCAAAACGGCCGGUCUGCGGAGAAUAACGCUUCACAAAAGUGUAUCGUCGCGCGGCGACAAGAUGUAUCUGCUGCUGUGCGAAUGUGCCGACCUGCUCAAGGAUCUGUCGGCGGCUGCCCUGCUCAUACCGGCCCUUCGCGCACGGUUAUGUGGCUACACGGGACUGUACCGGCCAAUUCAAACCUUCUGAAGCCUCCGCCAUCGUUUCCAUCCAAUCGGUAAACUACUUUUCCGCGCUCUGAUAACUUCUACUGACACACGCCUGCCAAUCGAACGUGUUGCGCUUGUCCAACAGAAGAAGAAAAAACAACAAAUUCCACAAAACCAUAGGCGCAAAAAAGCAACACAAAAAAUGCAAAAAUGGUUGUGUAAUUGUGUAAUCAUCAAUACAGUAGGGUAAGUAAAAUUUCACUCGCCACAGAGCCUGCACACGGCUCAAUAUUAUCUUCUCCUGAAAGUGCUGAGUAAACUCGAAUAAUGAGUUGCGGCACCAGAGCACACGAUAGAUAGCGCAUCGACAGUAGCUGUGUGUCCUUUACAUCAAACAAUUCAAUUUAUCGAAUGAUUAGUACUUAAUAAUUUAAUGGAAAAAAGCAACAACCAUCACGUCUCUAGUGAUUUUGGAAUACGCGCGAAAGUUAUAGAUAAAAAAAAAAAAACAAAACUCACGCCCCACAAAUAAUAUUGCGCUUGAAGGGAAUAGAUAUAUUGUACAAAUAGGGUGCAGUAGAAGACCAAAAACCAAACCACUGUGGUAACGCAGUCUGGUUGCCUACUCUCAGGCGUUUAAGAACAACAGACAAACAGACAAACAGCAAAACUUCUACUGCAUAACACUUAAGUCACUACGCCGUGCCAGUAGCAUAUGAGUAUAGUUAAAACAGUCACAGGCCGUCGUGGUGUCGUAGAUGGAGGAAGCGGCCAUACACCAUACUGCCAACGUUGGCCCUGGAGACCGUGUUAGUAAUAUUCGUUUGAUAUGAAGGAUAAGUUUCACCACACCAAAACCACUCAACUGCAAGCGGUAGUUGAAUUAUCGAUGCGCCAAAAUACUUACAAAACUUACGCAGACCGCAGGCAGCCGUAGUUUUACCGAACAAACGAAAAAAAAAAAUACACAAAAACAACCACCAGGAAUGAGAUGGUUUCACACGACCGCAAUGGAAUACAAUCAUGCUGAUCUGAUUAGUUCGUAUUUACAUAAGCGUCCUUUUCCAUAUACAACGUUGCAUCACAGAAGAAAAGAAAACCCAAAUUGGCUGCAAAACACACCUGCAAACUGUAAAAUAGGAAUCUAUAAAACAUGGAACUUAGUUCUAUUCCUACUCUCGUAUCUAAUAUAUUCUCUUUUUUUUGAAUACAUAUAAGCCUAACACAUAUGCCUACAGACAUGAAAACGUGACAUAAACGAUUUUCAAAAAUGUUUAAAUAAACCUUCUUUUUACUGUUCAUCAACGACACCUCUUCAACUCACAGCUUGCAGCCUUAUCGACAUAUUUAAACACACUCCAAACGGUACGACAAUUGCUCAAUGAUGCCCGAAGGUUGAGGGUCGCCGGAAGAUUGAUACAAGUUUAAAAAGAGCUGUGGUCCAAAUUUGUUGUUAGUUUUUGUGCAUAAGUUCGUAUAAUAUCGUAUGAUGAAAACAGAGCCUCAAAAGCGUGUGCACCCACAUUUGUUAAGGAAUAUUUUUCCCUCUACUUACUGAAUAUGCUUUAACGAGAUAUCGUAACGAUGAGCACGAUCAACACUAGUGCCACCUAACAUAGUUAUUUAAAGGCAAAUCGAUUAACUGCAGAACAUAUUUGUCAAAGAACUAUAAAAAGAAACAUAUUUUAAAGGCAAAGUACACCAAAACCACAAGUGGGAGUGUAAUUCAGCAAAAGCAAACCAGCUAGCAAACGCUUCUCUAAGAGAAACGAAAAAGUUAAUGAGAAAAAAAACAACAAACAAACAGUGAAAUGACCAAAGCGUCGUAAAAAGAAGUAUAAAAAUUUGGAAGAAGUAAAUAAAAAGAUAAAAACAAACACAUGGAUCAAUAUAUUUAUAAUGCUUCCGACGGUAGUAGGUACGGAGAAACCAAGCCACUUCUUGCCACAAACAAUGUUACCAUGCAAACAAAUGCAUACGCUUUGCUCGUCUGAGCGAUCCGAUAAGCUGUCUAGAUAAGCGAACGUAAAGAAAUGUGCUUAGUUAUAGAUAAAAAAGGGGGCAAACAAUGUGCUGAACAAGAACGAACAUAGGAACGAAAAAUGUAGCGAAAAUCGUAAAGCAAGAAUUAGAAAACAUUACAAAAAAAUGUAUAGCCCGGCAUAAGAUUUUUUAUAACCGAUUUCAAAUUUCCAAUUUUACUAGAGUAGUAAAACAAGAAAAACGUAUAAUGGAAAGAUAGCGGUAAAAAGCGAAUUAGAACGAACAACUAUUGCAAACAAAUACACAAAAACAACACGAAAACAAAAAAACAUGUCCCAAAUUGUCGAAAGCGAAAAGAUAAAGAGAAGAGAGAAAGAAAGAAAGAUAUAAAUACGCUUAUAUACAUAAAUGCCGAAACUCUCUUUAACUCUUUCCUUCUUUUGAUAGAGCUUUAGAAACGGUUGGAAACAUCUUUAGCCCAUCCUCUGAGAUAAGAAUAGAGCAGAACUGUAAAGAGAAUCGUAAAACACACGUAUAAACUGCGAUCGUUUUGUGAAGGUUUUUUUUUUUGUUAUUUGUGUGCAAACAUAGUUUUUCAACAUUUUUGUGACCAAAAUAUGGGAGAUUACUUUCGAAUUAGAUCGAUACAAAAACCUGAUAACUUACGUAUGGUUCACUUUCUCUCCACUCAUUAUCGCAUUUUUUAAAGCAUGCUAAAAAAUACACACAAAAUAAUGGAAAAUGUACAACCGAGUCAAUAAAAAGGAGGAAGAAAACACCUUCUCAAAUCGCUAAUCGUCACGAAAGGUCUAAAAAGACGAAGCAAAUAAACCCAAAAUCAGUUUAGAAAAUAAAAACCUCCGCGAAGGAGGAUGCGAUUUAACCCAUUAAACUUUCUACUUAUCGCUUGUAAUCGCAUAUAGCGCAAUGCAAAAAGCAAAAUGGGCCAGUCAGGAUGUCAGAUCGUUCAUGCAAAACUUUACCUUGCAACGGAGCGCAAAAGAUGGCAAGAGAGGCAAGUUGCAAAAGGUGAAACCGAAGAACAGAUGGAAAAUGGCCCCGACAAAAAAAGCCCCAAAAGAAGAAACACACUUUAACGAGAAGAAGAAAAAAACUUGCAAUGCUGUGAUACUGAUACAUUUUAAUGAAGUUAAUUAAAUCUAAAUGCCCAGCAUUCGCUGGCUGCCCUGCCCCUGCUGCCGCCGUUUGCUGCUGUCGCUCUGGCACCGCACCGAUUGCUGCUGCACACUAACACGUUCGUUCGUUUGUUCACCCGGUCCCGGGGUACGGAAGAAAAGAGCAAGGUGGGGGGACACGUUUUGAGAAAGGUCAGGGUGGUGGUGGUGGUGGUGGUUAUUGGCGCGAAUGGUUCAAGAUUUAUCAAAUUACACCUAACGGCGCAGAGAACAGAACCGCUUCUAACUCUUCGUUGUUUCGUUACGUUUAGAGUUUGUUCGAUUGUUAGUUCUUUUUAAAUGGCUAAUUUUUUACUCAUUUAGUUUCUUCUUUUUUGCUAUUUUCUUAUAUAAAGUUUAAAAGACUAUUUCGUAGCUAUCAUUUUAUUUGCGCAAUUGCAAACUGUCCGACAGUAAAUUUUCAAAAUUUAACCACUUUGAAUGUUUUACCACCCAAACAAUGUUUAAACGUACCUAAAAGUUACCGAAUUAUUGUGAUUUUAAAUUGACACAGCUACAAACAAAAGUCUAUAACAGAGUGGCAACAUAAAGAUGAACACUGGGAAAAGGGAAAAUCACAACAAGAUGAAGCAAAAAAAAAACCAGCAGAGCCGAGGAAUGUUGAACAAGCAUCCCACAGAUUCUAGAACAGUUGAUCAGAUGGAAAUAAAGCAGCCAUGUAAGAACAAAUAAGAAAAUAAACCAAUAAACAAAUUAUUUAAA